GGUCGAGUUCGCAGGCUUUACAAAUUGUCCUAAUAGCUGGUAACCUACUAAAUUAUUUAAUGUAAUGAUAAGCUCUUAUCUCAGAUAUUGUCUCUUACAAAAAAAAAAAGAAACCUGAAAAUAACCAAACAAGGAAGUUUUUUUAAAAUGAAGAUACUUUUGCUACUUCUUGUUGGUGCAGUUUUCCGCGCCGACGGACGGACACCAUGUUGUGUGAGCCGGAAGUUUUCAGCGUUGAUGAUGCGAAUAGAGGCCACACUACCAUCUGGAGCGACAGCUCCUGUGAUAGAGGACAUAUAUUCUACGAUAGAAUACGACGCCGAUGCCAAAAUGGAGAGAAUUCAGGGCCAUCUUCUAGACCCGAGCACUGGCCUACGGAGUAACUACACGGAGUACAAGGAUUUCAAACACUCGAAGAGAUACACUGUAACGUCCUCUGGUUGUAAGGUAGAGCAUCUCAACGAACUGAUGAUUCCACCUUGUGUAGCAGCCAAUUUCACCAUGCUCCAACAGUAUACCAUUGGUUCAGGGACACAUGCCGUCUCGGUGACGGCCUGGGAGGGACAGUAUCUCGGGACUUUGUGGAUGAAUGUUCACUUCAUUGACGGUACCUGCGCGACGAAGUCGCUUACUAUAUAUGGUCCUACACCAGACAAUACUGCCCUAAUGUUCUUUUCAUACCAGUUUGCUAACAUGAAACAAGGACAGGUCAGUGGCGACGAUGUCUUUGCAUUGCCAGAUAGCUGUAAACAAGCUAGUCAAACAGUUGGAUAGAUCGUCAAAAGAUUAGCUUUAAUAUUGGACGUUUAGAAAUUGAAUAAUAAAUAUAACGAAUC